UCAUGGCGGUUGUGGACUCUCAACACACGCUAGAUUUUGCUGAAUUCGAUGAAGAUUGCACGAAUCACGAGGUGGAGGUUAAUAGUUUACAAAAGGUGAUCAAGCUUACGAAGGAAAAUCUACACAAGAUAGAAGGACAAGUAAUCAACGUCCAGCACCCUCCCUCGAUUUUCUUGGAGGAAUAUGUGGACUUACAGAAAAGACUUACUGAGUUAACAACUAGAGAAAAGGUCCUACUAGAGAGAAGAACAGCAACAUGCUCGACCUCAUCUGCAGAACCCAGCCCUCACAGUACAACCCCAUCUUCAUCUGGUGCUACAUCUCCGAUACCAAGCUCAAGAAGUAGUUUUACUGGAAGCGAUCACCCAUUUUCACCUCCCCUCCGUGCCCACAUAAGAGUACGUCUCCCCAAUCAUCAAUACACUGUGGUUAAGUGUAAACCAGAUGUGACGUUGAGAGAAGCAUUAGAUAAAGGAAUGAGAACAAGAGGUCUAGCACCAGAGACUUGUUUAAUAUGUAAUUUUCAAACCAGGGAUAUAAUCAGCUGGGACACUGAACUGUCCAACUUCAUUGAAGGAGAGGAGCUAUCAGUUGAGAGAAUUGAUGAUCUUCCAAUUACUGGCCAGUUUAACCACAGUUUUGCCAAGAAAACAUUUCUAUCUUUCCCAUUCUGUGACAGUUGUAAACAGCGUCUAUUAAUUGGAUAUAGAUGUCAGAACUGUGGUUACAAAUUCCACCAAAAGUGUGCAGCAAUGGUUCCUCCCUUUUGUGAGCAAGCUGUUGUAGGGUUACUCUCAGAGAAACAGUUUGACUUCUUCAGCCCAGAUGACAGUGAGUUGGACAUGGCAGCAAUUGAAGUCUUUUCUAAAUCAAGAGAGCGUUCAAUAUCUGCUCCGGAUGUUUACAGAUGUAGAAUCAUCAGUGGAAAUGGUCCUUUAGUUGAGGAUCGAUGCGGACCAUUUGUUCCCACAUUCGGCAAGGAAAGUACACCAACAGUAUCAACUGUAGAAGCCAGCAAAUUACUGCAGAGGAGACACAGCCGAACUUCAAGCGUUGGUAAUGCCAAUCCAAGAUUGUUUGACAACAACUCCCUUGUGCCAAACAAUGAGCAUACAAACAGGAUAGAGAACCCUAUUGUGAAGUCUGUACUAAAUGGCACUGUCCUGUGCCACUCACCGUCCAGUCCUCAGAAACCCAAGAAAUCAGUGCAACGCAUGCGAACUAACUCCACAGACGACUGGGAAAUCUCAGAAGGUGAAGUUCAUCGCGGACCGAGAAUAGGAUCAGGUUCAUAUGGAACAGUUUACAGAGGGACAUGGCAUGGGGCAGUGGCUAUUAAAACGUUAAAUGUGUCAGAACCAAGUCCUCAACAGUUACAGGGAUUUAAGAACGAGGUGGCAGUAUUAAGAAAAACGCGACACGUCAACAUUCUGUUAUUUAUGGGCUGUAUGGCCAAACCAGAACUAGCGAUUGUGACACAAUGGUGUGAAGGCUCAAGUUUAUACCGUCAUCUUCAUGUCACAGAAAGUAGAUUUGAAGUUCUACAGUUGUUGGACAUUGCAAGACAAACAGCACAGGGAAUGGACUAUCUUCAUGCGAAGUCCAUAAUCCAUAGAGAUCUCAAGUCAAAUAACAUAUUUCUACAGGAGGACUUAACAGUUAAAAUAGGUGACUUUGGUUUAGCGACUAUCAAAUCACGGUGGAGUGGAAACCAGAAUUUCGAACAACCAUCCGGCUCCAUUCUGUGGAUGGCGCCUGAAGUGGUGCGGAUGCAAGAUCCAAAUCCCUACUCAUUCCGUUCUGAUAUUUACGCGUAUGGAAUUGUACUUUACGAGCUACAAACCAGUAUGUUACCUUAUCCCCAUGUAGGGAAUAAAGAUCAGAUCUUGUACAUGGUUGGUCGAGGUUUUCUGAGGCCUGACUUAAAUAAACUUCGAUCAGACGUACCCAAGAGUUUCAAAAAACUUUUAUUAGAUUGUAUCAAGUUCAAAAGAGAUGAAAGACCACUCUUUCCUCAGGUACUUGGAUCUUUAGAGUCUCUUAUACGAUCUAUGCCGAAGAUCCACCGAAGUGCAUCCGAACCCUGUUCGUUAAAUCGUGCCGGAAAGAUGAACUCAGAGAUCGGUUUCUUUGGGGCCCCACCCGAGACCCCCAUCAGUCCAUUUGGUGCUUACCAGCCGUUUUUCACUGCAGUAGCCGGGUACUAAACGACGUAAAAAGGAAAUUGCCUCCUCUUCAAGCUCUUUGCGGAGGUAUGGUGGAAAGACGUAGUAUCUGUCACGCACAAUUUCGCGUGACCUACGACAGGGAAGGUCACACAACUUAACGUGUUUGCUAAUGGUACUCUUAGGGAGAGAGAAAAGUGGAAAUUCGAAAAACAAAAACCUGUCAUCGUGGCAAUUCCGCGAAUUAUGCGAAGAUUCCUUUUGAUGUGUGCGUCAUGAAAUGGCUUUCUUACCAACAUUUAUAAGAGCCCUCAAUUCACAGGUAGAAAAUAACGGGCGAUCACCCUACUUAGCGUUUAAAACAACUUACACACCACAAAAGGGGAAAAAUACACCUCAGACUCUGACCAUUAGGCCAGUCCAAAUAAGAAGGCUCUCACCAUGAAGCUCAAGACACGGAAGAAAAUUCCAGCAGUUGUAUCUCACGCUAAAGACUUAAUUUAUUUUAGAGCGUGCGUAUAUAUACACACAUUCCUCAAGGUAUCAAAGCAGGGUGUUUACACUGGAGGAAAUCUGGAACGUUUCUGUUGCUGUAUGAUUCUAGCAACAUCAGCGUAAUUAAUUGAAAUGGAAACAAAACAAACCAAAAAAAAAAUAACAGCAAAUUAAACCGAAAUGAAGCACUGUGUAACAUAUGAGAAUGAAUUUGCCUGCUUAAGCCCUUUUCUCGGGGCGUGAAGCAUUUACAAGAUUUUAUAAGGAAAUGGAAAAUACAUAUUGAAAAAAUGGGCCCAACAGGAUCAUGGAAGGUGUUAAGCUUGCUUGCUCGCGGAUUUUUUUGCAGCCUUAUUAAACGCACUUAAAGAAGGAAAGAUAGGAAAUUCUUUGCUGGACAAACAAUAAACCAAAUGACUUUCUGUCGUAGGCAAAGAAUUUAAAAUGUUGUCAAAAGUUGAAGCUUUGUUUAGUUUGACUUCUAUUCAUCAAGGACAUACCACUUUGGCUUUCUCUUCUUUUAGAUAUUUAUUGGUAUUUACGUAUUCAUUUGUCUGUCGAUACCAGAAAACCACCGACUAUCUUGCGCUAGCUGCAUAUGCCAAGGAAAUGCUGCAGUGGAGAAAACUUCGGGAUUUCAAUUUACUUUGAAAGUCCAUACUAGUUUCACUAAAUUGUUAACAAAUUAAAUGAAAGCAUGCCCUCGCAAGCGAGUGCGAUAUCGCAUGUUGUAAGUUUUGUAUGCGUGUAUCGCUGGUCUGUUUAUUUGUAUUCGUGAAGAAUUUUUCUAGAUUUUGUUAUCAUUGCAUAUUAUUUUAUAGUGUACAUGUGACUUUGAAGCACUGCGUAUUGAAGUAAUGCUGUGCAUUGACCAUUUCUUUUAACUUAUCUUCAGAAAUGAGCAGUCUCCAAAUAUAGGCACGCACCGUGUGCGAAAAUCAAGUUUUUUGGACGCAGUGAUGUAAGUAAUUCGGUAGAUGGGGCUGGUUAAUAGAUACCUUUAUUUUAAUGAAAUGCUGUAUUUGUGCAAAAUUUUGCAGACGAGGCUUUUCAAUGAAAUUGCGCAAAGUUCAAAGUAUCAUCUCCUAACUUAUAAAAUUGUAUAUUUUAAAUAUUUAACGACACUGUAAAUGAUGCAGUAGCACGGAAGUAUAUAAAGUUCAGAUCAUA